UGGGCCAGAAGGUGGCGGGAGCGACGCCGGCGGCCCAAGUACCGCUGAGGGAUUUGGUGGCGGGAAUUGCUGUAAUGGACCACAUCACGGUGCCCAAGGUGGAAAAUGUGAAAUUACUGGAUCGUUAUGUGGAAAAGAAACCAGCUAAUGGGAUUCUGUAUCUCACCGCAACUCACCUGAUCUAUGUGGAAGCUUCUGGUGAAACCCGGAAAGAAACAUGGAUUGCGGUCCAUCACAUUGCCACUGUGGAGAAAUUGCCCAUCACUAACCUGGGCUGUCCCCUGAUCCUCCGCUGUAAGAACUUCCGGGUGGCCCACUUUGUUUUAGACUCUGAUCUUGUGUGCAAUGAAGUUUAUAUUUCACUGCUCAAGCUUUCUCAGCCAGUAUUACCUGAAGAUCUUUAUGCUUUUGCUUAUAAUCCCAAAACCUCAAAAGAGAUGAGGGAAAAUGGAUGGAAACUGAUUAACCCAACAUCAGACUUUGAACGUAUGGGAAUACCCAACAGGUACUGGACCAUAACAGAUGCUAACAGAAGCUAUGAGAUAUGCGGUACCUACCCUCCUGAAAUAGUGGUUCCUAAAUCUGUUACCUUGGGAACAGUGGUUGGAAGUUCAAAAUUCAGAAGUAGAGAACGUGUGCCUGUGCUUUCCUACCUCUACAAAGAGAACAAUGCUGUCAUUUGCCGCUGUAGCCAGCCCCUGUCGGGAUUUUACACUCGCUCUGUAGAUGAUGAGCUCUUGCUGGAAGCCAUUGGCCAGACGAACCCAGGGAACCAGUUUAUGUAUGUCGUAGACACAAGACCAAAGUUGAAUGCCAUGGCCAACCGAGCAGCUGGGAAGGGGUAUGAGAGUGAAGACUACUAUGCCAACAUUCGCUUCAGGUUCAUGGGUAUUGAGAACAUUCAUGUGAUGCGGAGCAGCCUGCAGAAACUCUUGGAAGUUUGUGAAUUGAAAACUCCAACAAUGAGUGAAUUUCUUAGCGGCCUGGAGAGCUCAGGGUGGUUGAGACACAUUAAAGCUAUUAUGGAUGCUGGAAUUUUCAUUACAAAGGCAGUGAAGGUAGAAAAGGCCAGUGUCUUAGUCCAUUGUUCUGAUGGGUGGGACCGCACAGCACAAGUCUGCUCAGUGGCCAGCAUCCUCUUAGAUCCAUUUUAUAGGACAUUCAAAGGACUCAUGAUCCUAAUAGAGAAAGAAUGGAUAUCCAUGGGUCACAAGUUUUCUGAAAGGUGUGGCCAUCUGGAUGGGGACCCCAAAGAAGUGUCCCCUGUCUUCACCCAGUUCCUAGACUGCAUUUGGCAAUUAAUGGAACAGUUUCCCUGUGCCUUUGAAUUUAAUGAAAACUUUCUGCUGGAGAUCCAUGACCAUGUUUUCUCUUGCCAGUUUGGAAACUUCCUUGGAAACUGCCAGAAGGAUCGGGAAGAUCUAAGAGUCCAUGAGAAAACACAUUCUGUGUGGCCUUUCUUGGUUCAGAGGAAACCAGACUUCAAGAAUCCUCUAUAUAAAGGCUUCACUAUGUAUGGGGUACUCAAUCCCAGUACUGUACCCUACAACAUUCAGUUCUGGUGUGGCAUGUAUAACCGUUUUGACAAAGGUCUGCAGCCCAAGCAGAGUAUACCAGAGAAACUCCUGGAAUCUAAGAAACAAAGAACAGAACUGGAGGAAGAUGUGCACAAACUACAAAAGAAACUGAAAGGCCAUGAUGAGCCACCAGAAGAAGGCUGUACAUGUACUCACUAUGGAAAGUUAUUAUCCCAGCAGCUGGAAAGUUCUUUUACCAAUCCUCUUGGCUUUAUGGGUAUUGAUGGAGACCUGAAUACCUUGAUGAAGAGCGGCACCCUGUCCAGGGAAGGAUGUCUCCGAGCUCAGGUGGAUCAAGUAAAAAGCCAGUGUGGUGCCAUCCACCAUGGUUGUUGUAGGGUUGUGGACAGCCUUGGGUCCCUAAAUAUCUCUGGGGAUGUGGGCCUCCCUGGAGCCAUGGGCUGCUCUGGAGACAUGGGCAUCUCUGAGGCCAGGGGCUUCUCUGGAGACAUGGACAUCUCUGAAGUCACCUUCAUCUCCAGAGAUGUGGGCAUUUUGGAAGAUACAGGCAUCUCUAAAGACACAAGUAUCUCCAAGGCCAGCAAGAAGGCGGCAGACUGCGACAAGCAACAGUGAGCUAGCUAUUCAGCUGCUUCCAUGGUACGUGCACCUGCAGCAGCCACAUGAUCUUUGUCCCAAAGAGGGCUAUAUUACUUUUCCAGUUUGUUUAAAUGGUUGGGUCCAGGGCACCCCUCCUCCUGACUUAAGAGUCUGGAAGGGGAUUUAAGCCAGUUACUGAUUAGGCAACCAAUAAACGCACGUUAAACCCUCUAGAAUUGUAAGCAAGAAAAAGAAUAUGUUAUAGGGUUUAAUUUUAGAUAUGUUUCCUUUCAGCUGAGAUGCUUAUGAGGUGGGAUCCCCCAUCCAUUUUCCUUAAUGAUCAACAUCCCUAAUUUUCUGUCUUCAUUUCUGUAGCCUGAAAGUGAAGUAGAAAUAUUGUGACAGAGGAAAAUUACUACCCUAUUGAAGUUGAUGGAGAGAUGAUAUGCAGCAGGGAACUAUGAAUGCAGAAUAUUUUAAAAGAAAAAUUUACCUUAAGAUAUGCUUAGUCAUGAGAUGUUAGCUAAUGUUAUUGCCCAUAGAGACCUCAACAGUUGCCUGAGACAUAAAUCAAAUGGUCCUUAAUUGUUAGAAUGAAUGCAUAGGUGUUUGGUGGUUUAGAACAAAUAAGGAAAGUUUGCUUAAGUUACAACACUUGCUUUCCCCAGCCCUCACACAUCUAGGUCUUGUUAUAAUACUCAGCCAAUCACCUUUUUUUAUCACCUUUUAGCCCAUAGUUAAACUGCAAUCUACUACAGUCUAAAGUGAUCAUUUCCAAAUUAAUGCGGUCUGAUUUAAUAACAUUGAUUAAUAGCAUUCUCAGCAUCAGUUCAAGAAUUAACUGAAAAUGUCAGUAACAUGUUCUGAGACAUGUUCUGUUUGCUCAUCUGAACUUUUGUGAAAUAGGCCCCCCACUUAGGUCUUUUUAUGAAGAUCUGUAGUUUUACAUAUGUAGAUAUCACAUGAAAUUUGUCAAUUUUUAGUCACAAUGAGCACUACUUUUAAAAAUACAUUUGUCACCUUGUGCUAAUAUAUACUUUUGAAAAAAAGCCCAUUGUUACAACCACUCCACAUACUCUUGGGGGAAAAGCAAAUGUUGUUUAAACACCAGAUAUUUCACCUUCAGAUUGAUACACAUCUUACCUAUUGAAUAGUUAUUCAUGGUUUUGCUACUAUCACAGGCUGAAGGUAGGGUAGGCCUCAGACAGUUUGGGUCACGCUGUACAUAUUGUCAGCAUUUCUAGAACUCAAAUGCCAACAUAAUCCAGGUCCUCACCCAAGAUGUCUAUUCCAAAUUCUCUGUCUGGUUUAAGCUCAAAAAUCACUGUCACAUCCAGUUGUGAACACACAAAUCUAAAUCUAAAGAAUCACUUCAUUCGAUAUUUUUCUCAAAAAGAAAGAGGUGCCUUUUAAUUUAAGUGUUUAAAUGUAGAAGAGGGCCAGGAUAACUCCAUUCCUUGUCCCUAGCUAAACUGUGGACCCAAAAUAACCUUCUUCUUGAGAAGAACUCUAAAUCAUUUUGGUUGUCCUUUUUCAUAUGUAAAUAGGAGCCGUUUUUCUACCUGCUGCUUCUUUACAGCUGCCAGGAUCCUAUAAUUUUUAAAGCAUUAAGAUGGUUUUCUAUUGUAUCUUUUCAUUCCUCUUCUUUCUAUAGAUAGUUCCCUGGCUUAUAUAACUUAUAUCAUCAGAUGUUGCCAGUUCUCAUGUGACUUCUUCCUUUGGGAAAAAAAUAUUGGGGUUUAUGCACAUUGUUUGGGUCUAGAGGUUUUGUGAAAUAAGUUGUGAGAAAGAGCUACAGUACCAGCCUGUCACAAAUGAGCCUAUUUUGGAUCUUACUUUACACCCAGGGCUUUCCUCUCAUAUCUGAAUUUGUAUUUUGCAUUCCAUUAACUAGCAUGAUACUCCAGAUCAUGUGCUGAGGUUUUUUUCUGGGGAGAAAGAAAAAUGGGAAGAAAUAGUAGAUUUUGCAAAUCCUAUGAAAAAAUAGUUUUAAGAGUCUCAUUUAUUUCUAAAAGACCUGUACAAGGGUAGUACAUGGUAUCCAACUUUAUUUCUUAGAUCUGAAACAAAAUCAAUAGUAAAAGAAGAUCUUUUCAAUAAAAUUCUAAACUGCAAAGGCAAAAUCAAAAAGUUUUAAAAUGCUUAUUUUGUUGAGUAUCUAAGGCCAUAGAAUGGUUUUAGCCUCAAAUUCUCUGAUAUCAACUCGUUUGGUCUUUUAUUUUUUAUUCCCCAACAUAUCCCUUUAUUGUUUAUGAAUACCAUACAUAGAACUAAGGAAAGCCUUUUGAAAACCCUGUAUUUAUUCUCAACACCAAACACCUCCUUGUUUAACAACUGGAUUUAAAAAGCUGACAAAAGAAAAAGGUUCAUAGGAAUCCAAAUAUUAAUGUACUAGAAAAAACUCAGUAACUAUCUAUAAUCAAGAGCCCAGCAAUAGAGACUCCCAAGGGAAUAUUUCCAGGAGUACUAGAAAAGAUGAUCUAUUAAUGGCUUUCAUUUCAUACUGUCUUAUAGCACGUAGGCUGUGAAAGAAAUGUGACCCCUUCCCCCACUGUCCUACCCUCCCAAUUAUCCAAGCAGAAAUUCCAUUCUCAUAUGACUGUCCCAUUUAAAUAGGAAGGCAUUUAACCACCUGCCACUGUCUCAUCCACUGACAUGACCUCUGCCUGUUUGCUACACAAGUUUCACAGGUCUAGGGUCACUGCUUAUUAUCUUUUCUAAGGGUGAGGCAGACCCUGUUCUAUGCUUGUGGCCAUGCUAAGACUCUACAUGGACACCUUUUUAAAAAUUCAUUAAUUAUUUUUUAGUUCAUGGAAUGACAAGUUUAUCACAGUAGUAAAGCAAUCCUAAAUAACAAACUUAAGUAACAGUUAACAGUCUUUUUAGAGAGAAAAUUUGAAAUAAUCUAGAACUAACAGAGGGAGAAUCUAAACCUUGUGGUACAUGAAUUAGACAAAUAUAUCCUUGGAAAGUCACCUCAGAAAUUGUGUUUGAGUCUGGCGCCGCGGCUCACUUGGCUAAUCCUCUGCCUGCGGUUCCAGCACCCCAGGUUCUAGUCCCGGUUGGGCCACCAGAUUCUGUCCCGGUUGCUUCUCUUCAAGUCCAGCUCUCUGCUGUGGCCCAGGAAGGCAGUGGAGGAUGGCCCAAGUGCUUGGGCCCUGCACCCACAUGGGAAACCAGGAGGAAGCACCGGGCUCCUGGCUUUAGAUCGGCACAGCGUGCCAACCGUAGCGGCCAUUUGGGGGGUGAACCAAUGGAAAGGAAGACCUUCCCCCCCCCUCACUGUCUAACUGUGCCUGUCAAAAAAAAAAGAAAGAAAUUGUAUUUGAUUACCACAAAGUCAGUUGUCAUGGCCUGCCAACAUGUAUGGAUCACGUUUUGUCUCACACACCUCACACUUCACUGGAAGUGAGACCUUCCCCAGAACACUUCAAGCCGAAAGGAAUCCAGAUCUUAAGAGGUGCUUUUCAAACAAAAUCUAUAAAUAUUUAAGCUUGGCCUGAAUUUAGCAGAAAGAAAAAUUUAAUAACUAAGGAUACACAUGUCAGAUCUUUGUUACUUACUGGCUUUCACUAAAAACAAAUACCUUUUCUUGAUGCUAUUAAGCUUUGAUAUACCACUGGCAAAUCUUUGUAUGUGAGUAUUUUAUACAGUGGCCUUUUUUUUUUUCAAACAGUUGCAUUAGGGAAAUGUAAGUUACCUUUAAGAAAAAUACCUCAAAAGAGAUUUACUAUAUUUCACAUUGGUUUAAACCUAGAAAGCCUAGUCUCACUUUUUCCUUUAAUUCCCGAUGUGUAUGAUUUAGUGAUAUUUAUACCAAAUCUUUCCCCAACCCUCAGACCUCUCCCAGAAUUCUAUGUACGAUACAGACUGGUAAGAUCCCAAGCAAAUCUUUCAAGUGCCAAAUCUAGACCUGACUUUUGAUAUAAACAUGGCUUAAGCUUUGAAUUUUUUCCUAUGGAGCUUUUUUUUUUUUUUUUGAUAAUGUGAGUAAAUGGCUGGCCUGUCAAGUGACACUGAACCCAAGAGGAAAGAUUUGGGGUCAUAAAAAACUCUUGUAUAUUGUUCUUUCAAAGGCAUUCUGUUUUCGAAACAUUUGAUGGCAUCAUAGAAGCUUUUCUAAGGCAAAAAAAAAUACUUUUGAAGUCCUACGGAACAUGUCUUCUCUGAUUCCCUGGCUGUGCCUUCCCCUUAAUAGGAAGUAUGGCUGUAUUCACCAAUCAUGGCAGCCCAUGUCUCUUCUAGAUAUUAAUGCAAGUAAAAAUAUGUUAACUUUCUCUGUGAUUUGUGACUUGGCUUCAAAAAAAGACAAGUGUGUUUUGAAAGGAACUGUCUAAUUUAGGCUGAUAUAUUUUGCAGUGGCUGGCAAAACACAUUAAGAAGUUGGCAUGUGUGAACUAGUGGCUUCCAUGUUAUCUGGUGGCCUAUCUCUUGUUCAUGUUUUCUGAAGCUUUGGAUGUGACCUAAAAGCUUCUUUCUCUUACAAAGCUUUGUUGCCUUUCAAACAUUUUCAUAGCUUUGUGCUUGGACUCUUUAGAGGGCCCUACGUCAGCUCUCACAGAAUGCAAGUUUUUGAGAAGGUGAAGGGAGAGGAGGAGGAUAGAGAGUAAUACAAAAAUAUACCUGGCCAGUUAAACAAAAAGAAUAUCUACCCGUUCAUGAUGACUAGCAUUCCAGUUAUUUAUGCUUUCCUGUGCUCCUUGAGAUUAAAUUGUUCACACUAAGGACUAAAACAAAUUUUCUUUUCCAUUCAGUAAUGUGAAUAAUAUUUUUUAAGCUUAGCUUUUAUACUGAUAGAAACUCUUUCCUUGAGAAUCUCAUGAGUUGUGUAUUUCCUUUGUGAACACAUUUCUCUGCUGGGGUAUAUAUAUGGUCCUGGGUUUUCUCUUUUAGAGAGUCAGGAUGGUAGGUGGUAUUUUGUUCCCUUACUAUGUUCCUAAAAUAAGUAAGUCCUGAGUCCCAUCUUUGCUUCUGUAGCUGAAGUAUCCUCAUUGGACUCCUCACCUGUCAGGUGAGAAUAUGUUCACCAAAGUCACUAAAUGAUCACUCUUCAAAGACCCAUGUCCCUGGUUACACCUCACAUGCAGUUGGUCACACUAGCUCUUAUAAAAUAUAUAUGAUUCUUAACCUCACUCAUAUUUUCAGACAGCGUGGUUUCUGUAUUUUGUGAAUAUCAGUGGGGAUGUAGAGCACAUAUCCUAAUUCUAAAACAGAGCAUGUUCUGUAUUCCAGUUGUAACAGUGCCUCAGCUUAGGAACAGCUACCAAGCUCAGUCCUUUCAGAAUGUAACUCAUAGUAAGACUAUUUGUGUGUGUGUGUAUAUAUAUAUAUAUGUGUGUGUGUGUGUAUGUGUGUGUUUACUGUCUGGUCUCAUAUGUCAUUUGAGCAUUUCAGAUGAAAAGAAUUUGUCCAAGAAUGAAAAUCUCUUUUAGUGCUAAACAUCUAACUUUGAUAUUGUCCAGCUAAGUGCCAUCAGUAGUUUAGGAAAUGCCACUCCAGAGAUAUAAAGCAAAGCAAAGCAAAGCAAUUGGCCUUUUCCUUGGGGUGUAUUGCUCAUGCAGCUUUAUUAGAUGUAAGAAACAAAUUUAUGACCAAUGUUAACUGCACUGUGUCAGUGUUAGCCACAACCGAUGUAUAAUUCAGAAUCCAAAGUGUGUAGGUUCUUUGAGAGUCUAACUGUAGCCCCAGGUUUACAGAAUUACACUGUCACAGCAUCUCAAGUAUGAAUUUGCCAAGGUACAGCUGUGUGAAUGAUUGACUUUAAACUUCCUGUUGUGUAUCUUGAGCCUGUUACAUCACUGGGGUAUGGAUGUAUAAUCCAGUCGAGAUUCACUGCCGGUUGUUUUGUCCAGUACCACAGAGUACGUUGUCUCCCUUCUGCAGUUGUGUUCCAGUUUAAAAAUGUUUGGUUGGU